AUGCGACGGCAGCAGGUUGACUUGGGUAACGGCAGCUUACGUCCAAUAAUCACUCUCCCACCACUGCCGAACGCGCCUACCAUACUUCCACCUAAUGACGCAACGAGAACUACGACCGUGAAUUCUCCGACUGGCCUUGAUGGUACUGUGAUCACGACAGCGGAAACGACAACAGCGGGAUUCUCAUCUACGGAUAUUGCUACAACCGAGUCUUUGAUUGAUUGCGGGCCAAAUGGCACAUUGCAAAGUGACAACCGGUGUCUCUGCCGUGAAGGUUUCGCCACAAAUAAUAAUCAGGAUGCGCUUAGUUUCGAAUACUGUACAUUGCCUGUGACCGGCAACAACGCACCCGCUCCAGGAGGAGGUGGCAGCAACGGGAAUACUGAAAUAUCGGACGCAGGUUCUGCGGCAUCGACGUCAUCAUCCUCCAUUGACACAGUCGGCUUGGCCUUUUUAAUAUUCGGAGUUCUCACCUUUUUGGUGGUGAUGGGCAUCAGCUGCGUUUUCUGCGCCAAGUGUUGCUGUAAGAGUCCCCGACCUCGAAGCGCCACGAACCGAACGAGAACUGAUUCUCUAAUUGAAAAGGACUGGAGUCAUCCUACCUGCAGCUUUAGCCGUGAUACACGUGUCACUGGCAUAUCUAGUGCCAAAGCUAUUUGA